AGCAAGAUCCCAAGUUGUUUGACUUUAAAAAGGCUUCCGCAUUAUUUUAAAUUACUCCGAUGGAAUUUUAUAUGUAUUGAUAGAACGUUUGUUUAAAAUUGUUUUGAAAAUGUUGUAUAUUCGGAUACCAAUCCAGUGGCACACCGGUCCGCUGUGUCACGAGUUUGGGUUAUGCGGGUUGGGGUGUUACAUUUUGGUAUCGGAGCAAUUGGUUUUAAAAUCGGUCUUUGGACCCUUUCAGAAUAAAAUAUAAUGAAUAAUUCAGCCGCAUCUGCAUCUCACGUAACUCCUCUACCCCGGGAAGAAUGAGUCAAGAAUCGACCCAUGGUCAGUACGUUCCAGAGCCGGAGCACGUGAGCGUGCACACAGUGAACACCGAGGGUUCGAGUUUCACGCCUCUGGGUGACGGAGGGCAGCAGCAGAAUCAACCUGAGCCAGCGGGACAGCCACCAGUUGUACCACCGCCAGUCGUACCACCUCCAGUGAUACCACCGUUGGUCAUGCCGCAGGUGGCCUACGAGCAGAUGUUCCCGGCCAUGAUGGCCCAUUAUAUGCAGCACAUGGCGCAGCUUAUGCCCAUGUUCCAGCCACCGCCACCACCACAGCCGCAGCCGUGCAUCGUUACCUUCAAGACAUUGAAGGAUAAUGGAGCGGAAGAGUUUCGAGGAGACAAGAUGGGGGAGCCCCAGAUUGCGUUGGAUUGGCUUGAGCAGAUGGACCGGGAGUACGUCCCCACCCGGUACCGCGAGGAGAGGCGCGAUGAGUUCGUUGCGCUUAAGCAGGACGGGAUGUCACUGCCUAAAUUGAGACAGAAGUUCGACUACCUGUCCCAGUAUGCGACGAGUCUGGUCUCCACUCCGGAGGAUCGUUUGAAUGAGUUCGUCAAGAAGCUACGGCCGGACUUGAGGCCGUACGCCACGCUGAUCACGACGACAGAUUUUAAUGCGGCGUAUGACUUGAUUGUGAAGACGAAAAAGAGCUUGGACGAUUUGCAGGCAACCAAGAAGGAGGAUCGAGCGACGAAAGACCCGCAACCCGCGGCCAACACCGGGCCGAGCGGGAAGUGUUUCGGAUUCGGGGGAAAGAGAUACCGUUCAGAUCCGACUCAUGUGUUGCCGACCAAUGCUGUAACCCUCGACGAGAGUUUGUCUUACGAAGAAGAGCUAGUUAAGAUCUUGGCGCGCGAAACUAAAGUACUAAGAAAUAAGACGGUACCUUUGGUAAAGGUACUAUGGCAUAAUCAUGCGGUGGAAGAAGCAACCUGGGAGACCGAAGAAUCUAUGCGAACUCAGUACCCAUAUCUCUUCGACGACCAACGACUCAGAUCUGAUCUUCUGAAUGGUCUGACUUGCUUGGUUUUGAAUCAGCUUCAUGCAGUUGGUGAGUUUAUCUUGAGUCUCCUUCUUGCUGUUGAGGUAGAUUGUCCACGUGUAUCUUGAGUAAUCAUCAACUAUCACCAGGACAUAUUUCUUUCCACUUAGACUUAUUGGUGUAACAGGGCCAAAUAAGUCCAUGUGAAUAAGACUUAAUAUCCUUGUAGUUGAGGGUGCCGAUUUUGCCUUGAAGGUGGACUUGACUUGCUUUCCUUUUUGGCAAGCAUCACAAAUACUUUCCUUUCUGAAUGCAGCUUUAGGAAGACCUUCUACUAACUCUUCUUUGGACAGCUUGUUGAGGGG